AUGGGCUCAGCGAAUGGUUACACUACACAGUCUAAGCUGCCGGCGGACUUUGCUUGGGGGUUCGCCACAGCGAGCUACCAAAUCGAAGGAGCCUACGACGAGGACGGCAGGCUCCCGUCCAUCUGGGAUACUUUCAGCAAGACUCCUGGCAAAGUCGAGGAUGGCACCAAUGGCGAUGUAGCCUGUGAUUCGUACCACCGGACACAUGAAGACAUUGCGAUCUUGAAACAAUACGGCGCCAAAAUAUACCGCUUCUCACUUUCCUGGUCACGAAUUAUUCCCUUGGGUGGCCGAAACGACCCAGUCAACCAAAAGGGCCUCGAAUUCUAUUCCAAAUUCAUUGACGACCUCCAUGCCGCCGAAAUCGAGCCGAUCAUCACGCUGUAUCACUGGGAUCUGCCAGACGAGCUUCUAAAGCGCUACGGUGGCCCUCUCAACCAGGAUGAAUAUGUCGCCGAUUAUGCAAACUAUGCGCGUGUAGUCUUCAAUGCAUUUUCGGACAGAGUCAAGCGUUGGAUCACCUUCAACGAGCCCUGGUGCAGUUCCGUGCUUGGUUACAACAUUGGCAAGCAUGCUCCUGGACGAACAAGUGAUCGCAAGACAAACCCCGUUGGCGACGGUGUGCGAGAGCCCUGGAUUGUAGGCAAGACUCUUCUGGUGGCUCAUGGCACAGUGGUGGAUAUCUAUCGUAAAGAAUUCAAACCUACGCACGGCGGAGAAAUCGGUAUCACUCUGAACGGUGACUGGCCCGAACCAUGGGAUGCAGAAGACCCCGCCGAUAUUGAAGCUUGUGUCCGAAAGCUUGAGUUUGCCAUUUCUUGGUUCGCAGAUCCAAUCUACCUAGGAAAAUACCCCGACAGUAUGAUCAAACAGCUAGGCGAGCGUCUUCCAGCCUUCACAGCCGAAGAAAUCGCUCUUGUUAAGGGUAGCAACGACUUUUAUGGAAUGAACCACUACUGCGCAAACUACAUCCGUCAUCGAGAAGGGGAGCCAGAACCAGAUGAUUCCGCUGGAAAUCUCGACCAUCUAUUUGAAGACAAGUUCGGCAAUCCGAUCGGGCCCGAGACAAAUUGCGACUGGCUUCGUCCGAAUGCUCUAGGCUUUAGAAAGCUGUUGAAAUGGCUGUCAGAUCGCUACGGGUACCCAAAGAUAUACGUCACGGAAAACGGCACCAGUAUUAAAGGCGAAAACGACCUGCCUCUGGAGGAGCUUGUCAAUGACGAAUUCAGAGUUCAAUAUUACCGAGACUAUAUCGGAGCAAUGACCGAUGCUGCGGCCGUCGAUGGUGUCAAUGUCAAGAUGUACCUGGCCUGGAGUUUGAUGGACAACUUUGAGUGGUCCGAAGGCUACCAAACACGAUUCGGCGUGACUUUCGUCGACUAUGAGAAUGGUCAGAAGAGAAUUCCAAAGAAGAGUGCUCUCACUAUUGGCAAAAUUUUCGACGAUUACAUUUCGAAAAAAUGA